AGGCGCACGAGACGCACACGCACACGCGCGCUCGCUCUCUCAAACUUUUUCCUGCCAUGAACUCGGAGUGUGUGUGAGCUGGAAGUCCGAGCGUUUCGUUUUCAGAAGAGCGGUUCUGGAGUUUGUCUCUCUUACUACAAGUGGAGCCAUGCGGCGCGCGCUGGCGUGUGUGUGCGCGUGGUGCUGCGUGCUGAUCCUCUGCCACGGAUACAACCUGGACACGCGCAGCCCGGAGAGCUUCAGCGGUCCGGACGGGUCCAUGUUCGGGUACUCGGUUCUACUGCACAGGCACCGGCAGAACCCGUGGUUACUUGUCGGAGCCCCAACCGCUGAGUCUAGUUUCAACGCCAGCAUCAAAAAACCAGGAGCCGUUUACAAGUGUAACAUUUCAAACAAGAAGUGUGAGCAGCUCCAAACUGGUGUGGAGAGCUGUGGGAAAACCUGCUGGCCUGAGAGCGAUAACCAGUGGCUGGGCGUUAGUCUGUCCAGACGACCCUCCAACGGUGACAUUCUGGCCUGUGGUCAUCGCUGGAAGAAUGUCUUCUUCUCCAGAAAAGACAAUCAAAACAAGCUGCCUCAUGGUGUGUGCUUCAAAUUCAACUCCGAUUUUAGCCAGACAACCAACUACAUCCCCUGCUAUAGAGAUCAUCAGAGGAAGUUUGGUGAAGAUUAUGGAUCCUGCCAGGCUGGAAUUUCAAAUUUCCUUACUGAGAACCUGAUGAUAAUGGGGGCUCCGGGCAGUUUGUACUGGACGGGAUCCGUGCUCGUCCUCAACAAGUCCAGCAACGUGCUUGCUGCCUAUGUGGAUGAUGAUAAUACAGUGCAGUUUGGUAGCUAUCUUGGCUACUCUGUGGGCGCUGGUCACUUCCUUCACCCACAGACCACGGAGAUAGUCGGGGGUGCGCCCCAAAACGGCCGGAUUGGUAAAGCUUACAUAUUCGAAGUUGAAGGGAACAAACUAAGGAUUGUUAAUGAGACCAGUGGUACUCAGCUUGGAUCUUACUACGGUGCGAGUAUAUGUGCGGUUGACCUGAACGCUGAUGGCCUUUCUGACCUGCUGGUUGGGGCCCCCAUGUACAGCACAGUGAGAGAGGAGGGCCGCGUGCACGUUUACAUCAACCAGGGCCGGGCAAACAUGAAGGAGGCAGAAUUCAAGCUGGUUGGAAGUGAUUCUUACGCAGCUCGAUUCGGAGAGACCAUCACUGACCUCGGAGACAUCGACAAUGACGGCUAUCCAGACGUUGCCAUCGGAGCGCCUCAGGAGGACGACCUGCGAGGGGCUAUUUAUAUCUACAAUGGGAGGAAGAGUGGCAUAGCAUCAAGGUUCUCUCAGAGGAUCACAGGUUCCAUGUUAAGCAGCAGCUUCAGCAUGUUCGGCCAGUCUGUGUCUGGAGGCGUGGAUGUUGAUGGCAAUGGUUACCCAGAUGUGGCAGUGGGAGCUUUUCUCUCCGAUUCUGCAGCGGUGCUCCGGACUCGUCCAGUGGUGAUGGUGGAAGCGUCCAUGAUGCUGCCGGUCAGCGUGAACCGAUCUGUGGCUUCGUGCACUGAGAAUGGCCUUCCUGCCGUGUGUGUGAAUGUCACCGUGUGCUUUAGGGUCCAAGGCAAGCGCAUACCUGGACAAAUAGAGCUGAAGUAUAACCUCACUUCUGACGUUCACCACAAGGAGACCUUCCCACCUCGCUUCUAUUUCCAUGGAAAUGGGACGUCCAACGUUACGGCAGGUCGUGUGAAGGCCAAGCAUGGAGAACUGACCUGCAGCAAGCAUCAAGCCUUCAUGAGGAAAGAUGUUCGCGAUAUCUUCAGGCCGAUCCAUUUCGAGGCGCAGUACGAGCUGGGAGAGCACAGUGUGGUCCGGGGGGGCUCCAAGAGCUUCACCUCACUCAAACCCAUCCUGCAGCAGAGAGAGGGACACACUAACCUCGUCAGCAACCAGACACAGUUUGCCAGAUACUGCGCCUGGGAAAACUGCUCCACCAACCUUCAGAUUUCCGCCCAUCUGGUGCUGCCGCAAUCUUACAACAACAUGUCGUAUUUUGCUCUCGGAAACGGGAAGACCAUCAUGCUGAACGCUACGCUGGUCAACGCAGGAGACGACGCGUUUCUGCCUAAACUGCACGUCCGAUUCCCCAGCAGCCUGCACUUCAUCAGAGUGCUGGACGCUGAGGAGAAACAUGUAAGCUGUGAAAUUGUUGAGGACAACAAAACAGCCAUCGGUCUGGACUGCAGUGUGGGCAACUUGUACAUCCCCUCCCUGUCCAAGCUUAACAUCAGCUUCCUGAUGGACGUGAAUCAGAACAGCAGCGCAGGCGAUAUUGGCAUUAGCAUCAAUGCUACAAGAGAGAACUAUGAGAACAUGGACCUUUUACACGACAACCUGGCCUUUCUGACGCUGCCGCUGAGAUACGGAGUGGGCCUGAAUGUACACGGAUUUGUGUCUCCGACAACGUUCAUAUUUGGACACCCCGAGCUGGAGCCGGUCGACUGCUACAGUGAGAAGUUUAACUACACGUUUAAGGUGAUGAACGUCGGUCCCAGUAAAGCUCUGGACGCAAAAGUAAAGAUCCAGAUUCCUCAGGUUUUAUCUCCGUACCCGGACAGGCUAAUCCGAAUUGCAGAUUUACAGACCACUUUAGGCCAGUGUCAUCUGAAGAACAGCAGUCUGUGGCUGGAGAACGACUGCGAUGUGAAGAAGGCAUCGUUUAUUCAGGAGCUCGUGUUCUUCUUUUCAAAAAGCAGCAAGCGCCCCAUGUUUUGUGCUGAAGCGGAUGAAAGCUGCAUGACCCUGGAGUGCAGAUUCGGAAACCUAGACAUCGGCAAAGAGGUCACCAUCAACCUGGAAGUUGAGCUCAACCCUGCGGUUCUUCAGAUCAGCCCUGGAAGACAUGCUAUAAUGCAGAUGCACAGUAUCAUUGAGGUCACAUCACCAGUCAGAGACGCUAAUACCAUCCUGAUAAAGGACGACAACAGUGCUGUGGUGACCCUGGAAGCGUACUACAGCCAGAAGCCACACCCACUUGUAGGCAUUUCCAUCAUCGUGUUCAGUCUGCUUCUCGGCCUGAUUAUUCUAGCCAUGCUGGUCGUCUGCCUCUGGAAGGCUGGUUUCUUCAAGCGGCGGAUGAAAGAAGAGCAGGAUAAGUUUAGACGAGAAAGCUGGGAUUACGUCCCCAAGUGUGAAAGCGUGUCGUAAAUCAGCUGGAUUUUACUUUUCUCUGCAGCUUCCACACAGAGCCCACAAAAAGAGCGAAAGAUAGAACUUUAAAGGACCAAAAAAGGAAUAAUAUGAAGAAGCUGGAGGAGCUGGACUUUGCACAUCAGCAGCAUUAACAGCCCUGCAGUGUAAAGACGGACUGACUGUGCCCGAAGCAGGAGCUCAGAGUGACUGUGCGGCUCUGUUUCUUCUUUAUUCAGGAUCAAACCAAAUGCACUUUGACUCUGUUUAUGAGGGUGAACUGAACCCUGUGAGCGAUGCGGAGGUGCGUACGCACUCGGAGCGUUCGGCGUGCCGCACCUACAGCAACGCCGCACCACUGAACACACCACUGAACACACCUGAGCCAGAGUGCCUGCUGUACACGAGGAAAACGCACCACUGACGCUCCAGCUAAUCGCCAGUGAUCUGUUCUGUUGAGGUUGACAAAAAAAACAGCAUUCAAACUUCAGGCUGAGCUACAAAAACGCUCUUCUGUUAUUCUCUGUCACUUCUUUUCUGUCUGUUUCUCUUUUUCUCCAUUUUCCCCUGCAUCUCCUCUCUUUGACCUUUUUUUCUUUCUCCCUCUUUCACUCUCUUCUUUUUUUCUCCCCCUCUCAAACUCCUCUGUUUUUGCCUUUCUUCCUUUUCUCUUUUUAUGUUUCUCUUUCACUCGUUCCCUUUUUUCCUCCCCUUCUCUUCGAACUCCUGUUUUGGCCUUUUCCUCCUUCUCUCUCUUUUAUUUUCUCCCUUUCCCCCCCUCCGCAGCUCAGAGUCAAAGUAGACGCUGUGUGUGUGAGGACAGAUGGAGGGAAUGCACGGUUGCUGUGUGUGUGUGUGUGUGUGUGUGUGUGUGUGUUGGCUGGCUGCCGUGGAAACGGAGCGAAUGCUGCUGUGUUACAGACGAGUGACAAGACUGACGCGUGCCUGGCACACAGCCACCGCGCCAGAGAGAGGAAAAAAUGAGAACGCCGCACUCUGCAUGUUUAGAAGUGAAAUCUAGGAAAUGGAGAACGUCAACAAGUCAGAAUGUUCAAAUAUUCAAACACGUGAAUAUUUGAAACUCGUGAAAGAUCAAAAAAAUUUCAGUUGAGGUUUCGAGCUUCUCUGUAAGGUUAUAGGUUCAGUAUGCUUAUAUUUAAGACUGGUGAGCCCUCUGAACUAGGGAUGUGCACAGGUACCAGAGAACUGUUCAGGACAGCUGCAUUAAAACACUGAAAUCAUCGUCCCGUUUGAGCUCAGGCAGGUGGAGAAUAUAUACAGAGCUGCAGUUCAAUGAAACACCACUUUAAUGUUACAGUUUAGCUUGUAUUUAUGAGCAAACAUGUGCUUUACACUGUGCUACUCCACAAUACGACUGCUUAAACGUGAACAUGUUAAGGACUGAGAAGCAGACGUAGUGCAGUUCUAACUACUCCAGCUGAUGUUAGCCAGGCCCAGAAACAGUGGACAUACAUUUCUCUGACAAAGUAACAUGUGAGGACGAGUCCUCAUCAGCGUCCAGUGUUGUACUAGUUAAAGCUGUAGUUUUAGCUCAUCCGAAGAGGCAGCCUCCGUUACUCCUCCAACACGAAAGCUACCGAUUUCCCUCAGAAGUUUUGAAUAAGUGCAUUCCUUUGCUUGCCGCUAAUUUUUUUGUGAUACUGAUUUUUUUAGCCUCUUAACACCAGAGCUAUCCGCUAAAAGAGUAAGCCAGCUUUAAUUGCACAUUUAUUUUUGCAAAAGUACCUUUUUCAGGGCAUUUUUCUUGUUUUUCGAUUCCCCGCAGUUAACCGGAUAUCCGUUCCUUAACUCUUAAAUACACUCAAAUAUCAAAAUUAGAGCACACAUCCCUAGUCUGACCUCUAAACUCCAGCAGAGGGCAGUGUAGAGUCUGUGUCGUAUGCUUUAGUCAGAGGUUGUAAUCUGUUUAGUCCAAUGAUGGAGGCAUAAAAAGACUACAGUAGCCGGCUAAAGGCUACUGCACAUCGGACGAUAAGCAGAGUACAGCUAAAGGCCUCAAAACAAAAUAAAAAUGUUCCAAUAUGUUUUGCCAUACAGACAUUUUUCCGAAUUAUUCCGAAUGCCAGAAAAGCUAAAAAUUAGUCAUUAAGGGUUUAUCUUGCUGUGGUGCAAUAAUACGGAGUUCAGUUGCUGUGAGGUGGUCAUAGGUGUGCAAUAUUGUGGAUUUUACAAUAGCUUCGAACGCGGCUCAGCCAAUCAGAUUUUAGUACCAGAACCAUCCGUUUUAUAAUAUUCAGUAACUACAGGGACCUCAGUGCAAACUGGCUGAGCUUUUCUUAGGUUCUAGAAGUGUGUAGUAAAACUUUGGGCCUGCUGGUGGGCUCUGGCCAUUUAAGUGGUUAAUAUAUAUAAAGAUAUAUAUAUUAAGAUGCUGAGUGGUGCUGUGUUCUGGACGCUGUGUGUCGUCCACCUGAUGCUUCCGGUGUGCGGCAGCCUUUACCCACAAUGCUGUGUUUACAUGAUGGCAGUAGGUGGUUGAUGGCAAACUAGAUUUUCCAUUGUUUUUAAUGGAGCAGUGGUGGGAAAUUCAGCCACCGCCAGCAGCAACAGCAGCGGCCAACAGUGGUCAGUAAGUUUUUCCCAUUUUUUGUCAUCAACCAUGACGGCGCAAUAAACUGCACAUUGUUUUGGGAACCAUGGACACUGAAUUCCAGGGGUACCCAGUGUUAUAUGAGAAAAACAUUAAAAGAGUACAGAGCGUCUCCUGACUUCUUCCACCUUAAAUAAACAAUCAACAUUGCUAGAUUUCUCUAAAUAAGCAUCCAGUUUCAGUGGUAACACUGUCACCAUGGCAACAUGCCAUCAUCAGUACCGCUACGAAGCAUGGAACGUUUUAAUUUCUUCACUGCCAACAUGUAAACCCAGCAUAAGCGUCCUAGGUGUUUUUUUUUUGGUGGGGGGUAUUUUUUCAGACAUUUUUUGAAGGAUGUUUUACAAAUCCAAACAUCAACCCAUCCCUAAUCACAUCACAGUGUGUGUGACUACUGAAAAGUCUCUCGUCUCUCUUAAAGGUGCUGACUUUUUUGUUUCACGGCGUUUUAUCCCACACAUACUGAAGGUUUAAAAUACACAAGUGAAUCUGAAAUAAAAAAAUACGUAAAUCAAAACCACAGCGAUGUUCAGGGAGUCACACAUAAGAAGCACAUUCCAUUUUUUUAUUCAAAUCACUAUUUUUAAUCAGUUGAUUUUAAUAAAUGAUUGUAAUUUUUUUCCUUGCAACUACAAAAAUAGUGUUUUAAGAAAUGUCUUUGUGUCCACUUGUGCUUUGGUAUAAUUUAAUGUUAAUGAUUUAUGCACUGGAAUGUUGUUCUUCAUGCUUUGAUAAAUAAAUGAACAGUUUUCUAUUUAAA